AUGGCGCUGCGGUGUACGGACGUGUUCCGCCACCUCAUAUUACUUGUUGUUAUAUUUUCUGUGAAAAGGCCUACUUUUACAUCAGCUGGACCUGCAAUUUAUGAUAUUAUGGAUACAAAUACUGACUCAACCACGACGGGGGUCGAAGUGAAAAUGACACUAUUAACUCCUUUUCAGAAAAAACGUGGUUUCAAACUUCUUCAUCUGAACGUCAAUGGCUUGUUUGGAAAAAUUGACCAAAUCCGGGACACGUUAUUCAUUUCAAUUGAAGGAUACCGUACUGUAAGGAAAGAUCGAAAAACAGGAAUUGGUGGUGGUGUUAUUGUUUACAUUAGAGACGAUCUCGAAUGGCAACGUAGAUUUGACUUGGAGAGUGAUAUCGAAUCCAUAGUUGUAGAAAUCUUUGUAGAAAAGUCCAAAUCUUUUAUCGUUUGUGUCAUGUACCGACCCCCGGAUAGUUCAUUACAUGGUACAAAAAAUUUCGAAACUUGUCUUGACGACUUUUUAACAAUUAGCUCAACGGAAGAUAAAGAAACUUUACUACUGGGAGAUCUUAAUAUAGAUUAUAAUAAACGCAAUGAUCAUAAACGAUUAAAAGACCUAUUUGUUAUUGUGGGUCUCAAGCAACUCAUCAAACAGUUCACUAGAGAAACGGAAAGUUCAAAAACGAUAAUUGAUGUAAUUUUUACCUCGCAUCAAAACAAUGUCAAAGAAACAAUAGUUCUACCAUUAGGGAUCAGUGAUCAUGACUUAAUUGGUGUAAACAGAAAAAUAAAUGUCAAUCGCUAUGUACCUCGUAGAAUUAAAAUUGGAGAUUAUAAAAAUUACAACGCAACUCGUUUUAAGGAUGAUAUGAAAAACUCUGAUUGGGAUUCUAUUAUCUUUAAAGAUACCAUGAAUGAAAGCUGGGAUGCAUUUAAAUCAAGAAUCCAUGAAAUCAUUAAUAUUCAUGUUCCACUCAAAGAAAUAUCUAUUCGAGGAAAGUCGUGUCCGUGGCUCUCUGGUGAAAUUAAAACAAAAAUGAGAGAAAGGGACCAUUUUUUGAGAAAAGCAAGGAAAUAUAACAACAGUUUUGACUGGGAAAGCUAUAAAAGAAUCCGUAAUAAAGUCACCACUCUUAUACGUCAAAGUAAAAAGAAAUAUCACCAAAACCUUUUUACUGAAAACGUAAAUGAUUCUAAAACAUUUUGGAAUGAGAUUAAAAAGGUUUACCCGGUUAAACCAAAAAAAGGUGUUAGUAAUGUUAUCGAUGUUGAUGGAUGCUUAAUAAGUAAUAAAUCGAGGAUAGCUGGUUGUUUCUGUAAAUUUUUCUCAAGUAUCGGUUCCAAACUUGCGAAUACUAUUACUUCCAUUGGUGAUCGGAGAUGGAUGUAUUAUGAGUCGAGCAAGCUUUCCCUUAACAAGAAUAUGUCAGUGUUCAAAUUUAAUGCAGUUACUCCUGAUUUACUUAAAAAACGACUAAAGAAACUGAAAGUGUCAAAAGGUGCCGGUCCGGAUGGAAUACCGCCUCGUCUCAUAAAGGAUUGCCCCGAUGAAAUUGUACUUCCAUUAUGCUACCUAAUUAACUUGAGUCUUCGGUCUCAUACGUUUCCAUCGGCUGAAAAAGUAGCACGCGUGACUCCAGUAGACAAAUCGGACGAUAAAUCAAAACUUGAUAACUAUCGACCAAUUUCCGCGCUAAAUGUAUUCUCGAAGACUAUCGAACAAAUUGUACAUCACCAACUGUACAAUUAUCUAGAAGAAAACAACCUUCUUCAAUGCCAACAAUUCGGAUUUCGUAAACAGCGAUCUACGCAACAAGCGGUGUCAUUGUUUGUCGAAACUAUUCGCAAAAAUGCAGAUAAAGCAGAAUGCACUGGGGCGAUUUAUCUCGACUUGAGAAAAGCCUUCGACACUGUGAACCACUCGCGGCUUUUACACAAACUCCAACUUCAUGGCAUCCAUGAUAUCGAGUUGCAGUGGUUCGAAGAUUAUUUAUUCAAUCGUACCCAAUAUGUCACAUACGAUAACAUAAAUUCACCACCUCAACAGAUUACUUGUGGUGUACCCCAGGGUUCAACCCUGGGUCCAUUAUUAUUCCUUCUACUCGUUAACGACUUACACCAACUACUAAGUAAAUCGAAAGUACUUUUGUAUGCCGAUGACAUUGUUGUAUAUUACUCAUCAAAAUCGAGCAAAGAAGUUGAAUCAGUUCUUAACAACGAAGUCCAACGUAUUGCAGACUGGAUGAAUGAAAACUGUUUAAUAAUAAAUCUUAAAAAGGGAAAGACUGAGUUUGUUAUGUAUGGAGCUCACCAAAACCUACCUGACAUAGUAAAAUCGGUUUAUAACACUGUUAUCCUGCAGAAUUUACUUUAUUGUUAUCCAAUAAUGCUGUCUUUAUCGAGAACCCAGGAAGACAAGCUACAAUAUUUACACAAUCGAGCGUUUAAAAUUUGUGGUGGUACCCAUCAAUGGGAUUCUAUUGCAACGAUUAAGAAACAAAGAGCUGCGGUUGAAGUUUUCAAAAGCAUCAAUGGCAUCACUGAAAACCACUUCAAUUUCGAGCAAAUCAACCACACAAUGAAUACUCGAAGAAAUCAAUCAAACAUCAAACUUGGCCAUCUUAGGACUGAAUUCGCAAGAAAAUCUUUCGGUCAUCAAGGUGGUAUGAUUUUUAACGAAUUACCAACUUGUGGUGUCGAAACUAUCUAUCCCAGCACAUUCGCCUAUUCUACUAUCUUGAACCUUAUUGAUACCAGGAUUGUCCCUAUGAACCCUGAUUAG